AUGGCCGCGGGGUGGGUCGUGGGGGCCCUCGGAGUGGUCUGCCUGUUGCUCCGGUUGGGUGAGUGGAGGCCUCCCCCGGGAGCCCGCGGGGACCGGCAGCGCGGGGUGUCAGUGGCCCCAGGGCUCCGGGGCCGGGUGGACGGGCGCGGCCCGAGGCCGCUGCAAGAUUUCAUUAGCUGUGAUUCCCAAGUAAUAUAUGGAGCUGUGAACAAGAAUGUAACUUUAUACACAUCAAGUUUUAAACCCUUUAAGGAGAUUGUGUGGAAAAGAGGAAAGGAUAAAGUUGUAGAAUGGGAUGACGAAUCUGAAGUCAGAGCUUUUCUAUCUUUUAAAGAUAGAGUUUGCUUAGACACCGUGUCGGGGAACCUCACAAUCUACAACUUAACACCGUCAGACGAAGAUGUGUACGGAAUUGAAUCCCCAAGCGUUAGAAAUAACAGCCAGUUCACCCUCAAAGUGAUCGAGUCUCUUCCAUCACCAACACUAUCUUGCACAUUGACUGAUGGGAACAUUACACUCCAGUGCAUGAUCCUGGAAGAUUACAACACCCAUCUAGAACUCAUACAGUACUCCUGGGACUGUCCUUCAACGAUACAGUGUCAGAGUGGCUCAAAACCAUCUGAAGCGUAUGUUACGAAGGAAGGUGAUCUUUCACAGGAAAUUCAGUGUAUCAUUAGCAAUCCAUUAUUCAGAAGGACAACAUCAAUCAUUUUGUCAACCUGUGUCCCAAGUGACAAUACAAGGCACAGGUUUGUGCUUUUUACCAUACUGCCAAUGCUAAUAUGUGGUUUGCUGUUUUUAAAAUCACGACUCCUGGAGCGGGUAACAGAUUCUCUAGGGGGAGGCGACCAAAGUCAAGUGGCGGCCGUGGGCGCAGGAGCCCUGGCGAGGGAUCUGAGGGCCCGGAGCGGGGACAAAGGCCCCUUUGUACUCCCCGCUGGCCGGGGCCGGGGUGGCUUUGGAGACCUAGGUCGGCGUUCCCGCGGCCAGGGCCACGGCCGGAGGAGCCGCCGCGAACCUCUGGGCUCUGCGGCAGGACCCUCGGCGGCCGCCGUAGCGCGGAGCCGAUCCCGCGCGUCUCGAGUGCUGCUGUUGCUACGUUGUCAGACCAACCUGGGCGACUCGGGUGCAUCCUUAGAGCCUGGGGACCUUGCUUUCCUCACCUGCAAAAUGGCUUCCUACUUCGUGGGCCGUGUGAGGACUGAAUGA